CCCCGGCCUCUCCGGCCUGGCCCACAGCCUGUCCUCCGUCCCGGAGAAGCUGACCCAGCUGCCCAGCAGAACCCAGCAGAGCUUCCUGAACAUCUGGAACCGCCUCAACAGCCUCAUGCCACAAGAUGCCUAAGAACCGGAACCAGAACAGGAAGCAGCCGGACUUAGAACUCACCCACUUCCUGCGGCACCCCCCGGUGCCCCCUCCUCAUCCUCAGCCGACCUCCCCCUGUCCCUCCCCCCCCACCCUGCCCAACGUGCCGUCCUACCCCCACCUGCCGCCCAUCGCCAGCCCGCCGCUCCUGAUCUCCGGCCUCGCUAACCCCGCCUUCUUCAUCGAGGAAGACUCAGACGGUCCUGCAGAGCCGAGCCUCAGCCUCCGGCCCGCGGUGAGCGUGGAGGAUGUCGACCAGGAGGGAGGAGCAGCAGGAGGAGGAGCAGCAGGAGGAGGAGGAGAAGGAGAAGGAGGAGGAGGAGCAGCAGGAGGAGGAGCAGCAGGAGGUGCAGGAGGAGGAGGCGAUGAGAGCAGCAGCCCGGCCCUGGACCCAAAGCUCAGCACCCUGACGGUCCCCGUGGCCCCGGCAGGAGGCCGCCAGAGUAGAGGAGAUAAAGACGGUGGGAGGAAACGCCCGACCGUCUGGACCAAGACCAGAAACCUGCAGGUCCAGAGCGAAGAUGAUGAUGAAGAAGUCAGCAUACCGGUCCGAGCCUGGCCCAGUGAGUCCUGUCUGCCCAGCGCCAACGGCAUGCUGAGGGAGCGCCCAGCGUCUGCUGCAAGUCAGACCAGUCAGACCAGUGCUGUGGUCAGUGAGCGACUCCAGGAACUGGUCAGGAUGUUCAAAGAGAGAACGGAGAAAGCCAAAGAGAAGCUGAUUGACCCAGACAGCUCCGACGAAGAGAGCGUCAUUACCGCUCCCCCUCAGCCUCCAGCCGCCCCCCAGGAUGAGGAAGAGGAGGAGGAAGGCAGGUCAGAAGGUCAGUGUGUCGGCGGGGCAGGAAGCGGGUCGGAGGCGCCUAGAGGAAAGGAGACUCGGUGGAUCCGGGCCUGCUGGCCGAUCCGAUUCCCCGCCAGCAUCGACCCUUUCACCAACAUCCUGUACGUUCUGUGGAUGUUCCUGGUUUCUGCGGCCUGGAACUGGAACGUGUGGCUGAUCCCCGUCCGCUGGGCGUUCCCCUACCAGACGCCCCAAAACGCCCCCUACUGGCUGCUGGCUGACUACGCCUGCGACCUCAUCUACAUCCUGGACAUCGCCGUGUUUCAGCCGCGCCUGCAGUUCAUCCGUGGAGGAGACAUCGUGUGUGACAAGAAGGAAAUGAGAAAGAAUUACAUGAAAACCAAACGCUUCAAGUUCGACGUGGCCAGCCUCCUUCCUUUGGAGCUGCUGUACUUUAAGACGGGCAUCAACCCUCUGCUACGGUUACCUCGCCUGCUGAAGAUCAACUCGUUCUUUGAGUUUAAUGAGCGACUGGAGGCCAUCCUGACCAAAGCCUACAUCUACAGGGUGAUCCGAACCACAACUUAUCUUCUCUACUGUCUUCACUGCAACGCCUGCCUCUACCACUGGGCGUCCUCCUACAUCGGACUGGGGGCCACGCAGUGGGUCUACAACGGGGUCGGCAACAGUUAUAUUCGCUGUUACUACUUUGCGGUGAAAACUCUGAUCACCAUCGGCGGUCUGCCGGAUCCCACCUCCCUGUUUGAGAUCGUCUUCCAGCUCAUCAACUACUUCGUUGGAGUCUUUGCCUUCUCCAUCAUGAUUGGUCAGAUGCGUGAUGUUGUCGGUGCAGCCACCGCGGCUCAGACCUACUACCGCACCUGCAUGGACAACACUAUCAAAUACAUGACAUCCUACCGCAUACCCAAAGACGUCCAGAACCGCGUCAAGACCUGGUACAACUACACCUGGCAGUCACAAGGCAUGCUGGAUGAACAGGAGCUUCUGACCCAGCUGCCAGAUAAAAUGCGUCUGGACAUCGCUGUAGACGUCAACUACUCCAUCGUGAGUAAAGUCCCUCUGUUCCAGGGCUGUGACAGGCAGAUGAUCUUUGACAUGCUGAAGAGUCUGCGCUCAGUCGUCUACCUGCCUGGAGAUUACGUCUGCAAAAAGGGCGAAGUGGGUCGGGAGAUGUACAUCAUCAAAGCAGGGGAGGUGCAGGUGGUUGGAGGUCCGGAUGAGAGGACGGUGUUCGCUACGCUGAGAGCAGGAUCCGUGUUUGGAGAGAUAAGUUUGCUAGCGGUGGGCGGAGUCAACCGGCGCACGGCCAACGUGAUCGCUCAUGGGUUUGCCAACCUGUUCAUCCUGGACAAGAAAGACCUGAACGAGAUCCUUGUCCACUACCCCGAGUCCAAGAAGCUGCUGCGCAAGAAGGCCAGGAAGAUGCUUAAUAAGGGAAAAAAGCCUGAACCCAAAGUGGAACCUAAGGAACCGGCUCCGGUACCGGUGGCUUCUCUCAGGCCCGAGACGCCCAGACUGCUGCGAGCGGCUCUGGAGAUGACGGAGAGGUCGUCUGGACUGAAAGGAGCUCUGGCUCGGGUCAAAGAGAGGAGCAGCAAGUCCAGCAUCUCACUGCAGCGGUCCCUCUCCGCCUCGCUGCGACCUCCGGACCCCGUCCUCAGCCCCGGACCGGACCCGGACACGUCCCUCUCUGCCAGCUCCACGACGCUUUGCUCAGCUUCUCGGAGCUGCAACCCUGCAGAUUUUCCUCCUGUGCAGCUGCAGCUGCAGCGCGGCGCUGUGGGAUGGGAUGAGAGUGAGGAUGAGUGGGAUGAAGGAGGAAGAGGGAAGUGAUUGGAGGAGAUGAAGAGGUGAUGAAGCUCAUUUCAUAGUUGGGUCAGACCCUCCUGGUUCUCCAGAAAUGAAAGUCUGGUCUUUGUUUUGUUAUUGUUUAGUACAAGUUUACUAAAAUAAUAACUGGCCUUAUAAUAAGUGGAAUCACUGCUGCAGCUUUAGCUCAACCUGAGACACCCCUCUAUUGAUUUUUAACUAGAACAAUAUUAAUAUCAAUGAUGUCAACGUUGCAUUUUAUUCUGUAAAAUUAUCUGUGAAUGUAAAAUAACUAUCAUCAAUCUUUCUGAUUAUUGUCUCAAUAUUUUAUCUACGUUUUACUUUGAAUGCUUUAUGCUCAUUUUGUAUAAAUGUUUUACUCUGAAUUUUAGAUGAAACAUAUUUACUUAUUAUACAAUAAGCUGCAUGUCCUGAGAUAUUAAAGCAUCCUGAUAUUGCUGCUGUCAA